CUCUCCAACAGUUACCACUUUUGAUGGGAUGGUGGUUCUACGGUUCACGUACAUGUCAGAGGUCCCCAAGCUCUGUUGAUGGCUUGGUCACGCACCAUCUACGUGAGAUAAUGAGAGCUUGGACGAUCUCCGAUUUUUCUUUUGGUUCUGAAAGGCCAAGAUGUCUCAUAUGGAUACUUAGAUUGGAUAAAUUGGAAUCAAUAGCUGGUGGUAAUACUAAAACUCGCUUCUGCUAUUAAUCGUGCACUUUGUAUUCGGUGGGAAUUUCAGGUUAUCUCCCACACAAGGAUCUCCCAAAUAAUAACAGAACAUCGGCACAACAUAAAAGGAAAAAUUACAACCAAGCAACAAAAAGUUAGCUUCUCUGAGCGAAUGAUUGUAGUAAAUUAUACUGAAAUGAAGACUCAAAAGUUCAAUAUCCUUGUGUGUGUGUGUGUCAGAUUUAUCGCUAGAGGGGAGCAGGAGACCGUCACCACACGAACCUUGCCGGAGAAGGAAAGGAAGAGGGGGAGACCAUCACCACACGAACCUUGCCGGAGACGGAAAGGAAGAGGGGGAGACCGCCACAACAACUUAAUCAUAUUGAGAAACUAGAACUUCCAAGGAAUGCAAGACCCAAAUAUGCCAAUCCAUGAGGAAAUUCCGAACAUCAAGCCUCGGAAGAAAACCUCAAAACAAAAGAAUUCGUUGGUCCAGUUGCAAGGUGUUGAUUCACUGGGCUUCCACCCUGAGCAGGGGACUCCAUCUUUGAAGCCAAGAUAUAAGGCCAAGCCCUCGAAAAGGAAUAUGAAGAAUGAAGUGUCUCCGCUGCAGCAACAGCAGUCAGAGAGAUCGACUUCCGAUUCAUUGCCCGAUUCCUCUUCGUCCGGAAAUGAGUACAGGGCUCUCAGGCGGAAGUAUCUGUUGCUGGAAGAAGAGAGCUGUGCCUCGGGUAAUGAGAUCAGAGGCAUUGAAAAUGAAGUGAGGACCCUCGAAGAUGAGAAAUUCGCACUCUUGGACCACCUUGUGGUGCUAGAAGGCUUGAUUGAUCCUUCAGAGUUGCAGCCUCUCGAGACACGGUGAUUAUGGCAUCAGCAGAUAGAUGUUUGUAUUUGCUCAAUUUCGAAUCCUUCCUACGAGCAGUCAUUGAUUUCGACGACCGGUCAUGUGCCCCUCGUGUUAGUAAUUUAGGAAGCACGGGUCCUCUAGUCGUAGUGCUGGGGGAACUCUUGUUAUAAGUCCCACAUCGCCUUUAAAUAGAAAACCAUUGUAGUUUAUAAACGUACUGUUAGCCGACAAACAGUAACGCCGUGAGAUGAAGUGAUUGGGCCUGCAUGCCUCUGGCUGGGCUCUGGAAAGUCCCCGGGUCAAUUACCGCAGAGAUGUGGGCCUGGAAACAGGUGAGACUUGGGCUUGGGAUUAGUUCACCCGCUUGGGUGAUGGGCUGAGAUGAGUGCGGAGCCCAAAUAGUCCUCGAGCCAAGUUACCUUGGCCGUUACCGACAGUCAUUCACUCGGAUCGUCGGUAACAUAACGGGGCUUACAUUCUCAUGGUGUUUUUU